AAAUUGAAUAAAAUGGUUGGGGGUAAAAGAAUUAUGAAUAUUUUAAUGUGCCUUGUCAUCGCAACAACAUACAUUGAUCUUGUCAUUGGUGGUGGAGACAUUGAGUAUCUUCCACUAUGCAAUUCUGAAAUGAAGGGAUCGUGUGACUUGACAUGUGAAUUUGACCACGAAAUUCGUAAUGAUUUUCACGAGAAUCCUCCAAUUUCGCCACCCCCACCUUCAGGGUUUGAUUGCUGUUGUCUCAGUUUUUUACUCUUAACAUGUCACGAUCUUGUGGCUGCUGGUGGUAACAGUGGAAUGGUUUACCUUCCAUUAUGUGAUGAUGAAAUGUCUGCACCAUGUUCAUUGAGUUGUGAAGAUCCUAAUCUCUCAAUAAUUGAUGAUUUUAAAACGCCUGAAGGAUGCUAUUGCGAACGUUUGGUGUCAGCUCCUGCUUGCAUUGCGCCGGGAUCCCCACUUCAAACAAAUAAUAAUGCGAAUGUUAAUUCAUCAAAAACAAAUAAAGAAGAAAAAUUACAGCAUUGCUUCACAAUCUCAUACCGUCGGGAGAAUCAACGUCAUUACGAACUGAAAUGUAACACGGAGUCUGAAUGUUCAGCAUGGAUAAUAGCAAUAAGAGAAGCGAGUUUCAACAAAUUGCUGCUUCAAAAGGAAGAACUCGAGCAAAAGCAUGUACAUUUGCUUCAAGUAGUUGAAAGUGAGAAAACAGCUAAAUGGCAAUAUACUCAACAGUGUGAAGAGCUCGCCUCGGAAAUAAGAAAACUCCGUGCUGAGAUUUGCGUUCUCCGUAAAGAAACCAACCGAUCGAGCUUUUCAGCGACACCUGUUGGUCGUGGGAGUUUCAGUGCAGCUCCAAAUAUAGUCGCACCAAGUGAACAACCAACUGAUGCUGCAGCAGUUAAUGACGCUGCUAACUUAUCAGGUUUAUGUGAAUCAGUUCAAGACUCAAUCGAGCUGAGAAAGAUUAAAAAAGUACAAAGUUUCUUUCGUGGUUGGCUGUGUCGUCGCAGAUGGAAGCAAAUCGUUGAAGAAUACAUCAAAUCACCCCAUGCUGAGAGCAUGAGAAAGAGAAAUAGUCUCGUGUUCAGUAUGGUUGAAGCGGAGGAAGAAUACUUAGAACAACUUGAAGUAUUAGUGUCAUGUUUCCUUCGACCAUUUAAGAUGGCAGCGUCAUCAAAACGUCCCCCAUGUUCACAUGAAGAUGUUAACUCGAUAUUUUUGAAUUCAGAAACAGUGCUUUUCCUUCAUCAAAUCUUUCUUAAAGGAUUGACGUCCCGAUUGGAGUCUUGGCCUACACUAGUUCUCGGUAAGACAUAUGGUGAUUUAUUUGACAUGCUACUUCCAAUGUUGAGCAUAUAUCAAGAAUAUGUUAGAAACCAUCAUUAUAGUCUUCAAGUUCUGACAGAAUGUAAAAGUAAUGCAAACUUUGCGACGGUUCUCAAAAGACUCGAAGCGAAACCACAAUGCCAGGGACGAAGUCUGGAAACAUUUUUGACAUAUCCAAUGCAUCAGAUUCCACGCUACAUUAUUACGCUUCAUGAAUUGUUGGCUCACACACCCCACGACCAUGUCGAAAGGAAAAGUUUGCAAAACGCUCGACAGCAGUUGGAAGAUCUCAGCAGACAAAUGCACGAUGAAGUGUCGGAAACGGAAAACUUACGUAAAAAUUUAGCCGUCGAAAGAAUGAUUGUCGAAGGUUGUGACAUUCUUUUGGAUGUUAAUCAGGUAUUUGUAAGACAGGACGCAACGCUCAUUGAAGAUCCCAGUGAAACUGGAAAUGAUGAUGAAGAAUCGCUUUGUUCGGCAUCGACACAAAGCAGCACUUUAAGCUCCACUGACAUUGUUAAUGCAAAUAAUCGCGACUUUAAGAUUUUUGUUGAUGGAAAGUCAGGACAAAGACAUUCGAUUCAUCUUGUUGCACCAACGGCACAAGAUAAAGAAGCUUGGAUAAGCGACAUUUCUCAAUGCUUAGACAACAUUCAUAUGCAUUCGCUUUUAUCACCGGGAAUCGGUGGAACUUCUGGAGCUUCAUUAUUUACAGGUCAUCAAGCUUUACGAGCUGAUCCCCAUUUAUUUAAGGACGAUGUGGAUAUUAGAUUUUCUAGAACACUUAACUCAUGCAAGCUGCCUCAAAUACGCUACGCAACUCCUGAAAGACUUUUACAAAGACUCACCGAUCUACGUUUCUUAUCUAUCGACUUCUUAAACACAUUUUUACUCACUUAUCGUGUCUUCACAGACGGUGAAACUGUUUUAAAUGCACUCAAACAAGUUUUUUAUGACCCACCUAUUGAACCUUGUGACUGCGAACCGCAGACAGAUCUUCUUGAGCUUCCUUAUAGUCAUAAUGAGAGUGGACCUCGUCGCACAAGUGCUUCAUACUUUUCAGGAUAUUGUUCUGAAGGCGCUGAUAGAGAUCGUUCGAUGAGUGGUGAUUCUGGUGGUUUGAGAUUUCGACCAUCGAGAAGAAUUUAUCAACAGCAAUCAACGACAGAUCAGGAACCGAUAGGGUUGUCAUGGAUUCCAGAAACAAUGGCGAUUGAAGUAAGUCCAGUGACGAUUGUGCAUGAUGCUGAAGCAGAAGAAAAAGCAGAAGAAGAGGAACGUGAGGAAGUGAAAGUUGCACAACAAGACGAAGGUUAUCUUGGCGUACCAUCAAAAACUUCAGUUUCAACUUCAGGAAGUGUUGACACUUUAGUUCCAAGUGCACCAACAUCGCCAUCAAAUUUAAGUGCAGUGACACUUGUAGGAUCGACUGGAAGUGGUGAGAAAUGCGAAGAAACACCAACAGAAUCAACUUCAUCAACAUUCCAAUACGGAAAAGUUCCAACAAGUCCAUUACCUGAACGUAUCAUUCCAAAACGUCCGCCAAGGACAAUUGAACAACAAGCAGCUGCGACAAUUGACACACUCACCGUGACGAAAAGUCAACAACCACAAGUGACAGUGGAAUCAAAAUCAAUUGAAGUGAAAACGAGUAUUGUAAAGUCACCACCACCAAGUACAUCAAAACUCAGUUUGACAACAUCAACCGUCAUCGCAACUUCGAUGAUAACAACAGCAACACAAAAAACAACAAUUUCACCGCCAUCAAUAGGAGUGACUUUUGAUAGACGACCUAGUGCUGGUUACAACGUGAUUCCCCAUGCCGCUUUGUGUCAACAUCGCUAUAGCUUGCAAUUGAAUGGCGAAGGGACAACUUCGAAGAACUUUGAGAAGACAAGUCCACGGUUAACUCAUCGAAAGUUUUCAGCCCCAAAAACUCCAGAACGUCAAAGAAAAUCAUUUGGAUCGUUUGGAACGCCACAACGUGAACCAAGACGCUUUUCGGAAAGUGAUGAUGAAAUGGCUUCGUUGUAUACACCUCGAGGAUCGUUGGGUGGUGUUAGUUUAGGAACGAUUUCGUCGAGAGCUUCAAUGCAACAUGAUCCAAGCAUUCCACAUUGUUCGAGUAAGGUUGGCGUAGUUAUUACAUCAUUCCGUCAAGCUCAACGAAGUUUGGGAACUGACGAUCCAUUAUGGAGUAGCACAUCAACAGCAGCUGCUGCUUUUGCAAUUGCUACAUCGGCAUCAUCAAACCCAAGGGACGAACCGCCUGAGGUUGAAGCAGCCAGAAAUAGAAAAGAAUCGGUUGUAAGUUCACCAGCAACAAUGCGUGUGCUCAAUGUUUUAAGGCAUUGGGUUUCUAAACAUUUCCAAGACUUCGAACAAGAUGAAGGACUUCGAUCUCAAACAAUUACUUUCCUCGAUGAAAUCACUUGCAGUCCAAAUUUAUUGCCGUCUGAACAUAGAGCAGCGUCUCAACUUUUACGUCUUCUCUGUCGUGACGACCUCGAUAGCGGAAGAAAAAAUUUACAACUUUUGCUUGAGCCAACAACGUCACCAAGCAAAGACAGCAUCGAAACCUUAUCUGCGCUUGAAAUUGCUGAACAAAUGACGUUUCUUGAUCAUCAAAUUUUCUUGGCUAUACGAAGCGAAGAAUUUUUGGGUCAAGCUUGGAUGAAAUCUGAUAAGAAAUCAAGAGCUGAACAUAUCAUCCAAAUGACGAAGAGAUUUAAUGAUGGUUCACGUCUUGUUGGAUCGGAAAUUGUUUCUAGAGGCAACAUGGCAGCUCGUGUUGCGUCAAUUGAAAAGUGGACAGCAGUAGCUGACAUCUGUCGAUGUUUACAUAAUUUUAAUGGUGUUCUUCAAGUGUGCGCUGCAUUUACAAGCGCUCCAAUUUAUCGGUUAAAGAAAACGUGGGAUAAAGUCCCUAAAAAUAUCAAAUCAACUAUUGCUAAACUUCAAGCUGUUGUUUGUUCUGAUGGACGAUUUCGUGUUAUGCGUGAAGCUCUUCAUCGAUGUGAUCCACCAUGCAUUCCAUAUCUUGGAAUGUAUUUGACAGAUUUAUCAUUUAUUGAAGAGGGCACUCCAGAUUUCACACCCGAUGGCUUGUUGAACUUUUCAAAGAUGAGAAUGAUUGCUCACGUGAUUCGAGAGAUUCGACACUUCCAACAAACUCCUUAUAAGAUUGAUCAUAUUUCAAAAGUUACUUCUUAUCUUCUUGAUACAUCACUUUUACUUGAUGAUGAUGAAAUGUAUCAUAAAUCAUUGAGAAUUGAGCCGCGAAGUUCACGGUUAAGUGCUCCUACUUUACAACUCUAGUGUAAAUAAAUCUCGAAAUCAGGUAUUUCUACGUAAGCGUUUUUCUAAGCAAACUGUAGAAGAAACAUUCUUAUGAUUUCUUCAAAAUGUGUCAUAAUCUAGUUAUGAAGAAAAGAAGAUUGAAAGUAUUUAUUGGAUUCGUCUUGAAGUCGUUUGAAUGUUUGGAAAACAUGAAAAUUGUCAUUUAUUAUAAACCUUUAACUGUACAGAAUAUUUAGAUAACUAUUGCAGUGAUUUCAAAUAAAAAUUUCCCCCGGGACAAUCAAGUUAUGAGACUCUAUGACAUGUUCGAAUUUUUGGGUUCACUCGAAGUAGAAUUGUUGAUUGAAAUAUAAACGAAAAACAUUUUAAGUAACAAAAAUGUCUUAGAUAACUUUAAAUUAUGACGAUGAUUAAAAGUUUUGGAUGUAGUAAAAGAAAAAAAAGUCUAUCAAAGCAGUUUAAAAAAUGAUUUAAGUGACCACAAAAUAAAGUGAAUGGAAAGUGAAGCACUUACUACAUUAAUACAUUAAUAUGUAUGCCAAUGCUUAAGCUUGCGCAACAUAUCUUUAAUUAUUGAUUUGAGUGAAAAUUAAUGACAACAUGAAUCAUAACUUAUUGUCUUAUUCACGUUGACGUGCAAACAAUUCUUCUUUGUGAUAUUUUAUGUAAAUGAAUGCAGACAUUAAAAGAAAUCUGGUUGAAUGUUCAAAAGAUAUUUAUAAUAAUAUUAACUCUAUAAAGAUUAUUUAUUUUUACCACAAAUGGAAAUAUAAAGAAAAUAUUAUCUCAUUCAAAAUGAUAACAUUUUUUCAGGGAAAAUCAAUCGCUUUUAUUUAGUAUCAAAGCUUAGAAUCAAUUUAUGAAAACGAAGAGUUAAAUUAUAAGAAAAGUUUAGAAUCAAGGAAAUUUAUUCAACAAUCAGAAAGUAAUAACAUUAAAAAAUAAACUGACAAUCUUUGAAGCAGGAUUUAGUAAUGAGAAUAUUAACAAAACCAAAAUUAUUAAAAUUGGCAAUGAAAAAUUAAAAUUUAAAUAUCUAGAUCGAGUCAUAUCAAUUUUUCUUAUCAAAAGUUUGUGUACUUUCAAAUUUUGAAUUAGAUAAUAUUAAAAUAGUUAAGAGAAAUCAUUUGAAUUAAAUUAAAAUAUUCUGUGAAGUUUAUGAAAAUUCUUAUCAAUUUAAGUGAGAAGUUGUAACUUACUUUUUUGUGUCAUAAAUCUAUUGCUUGUUGUGAUUGUGACAUAUCUUUCUCAUAUUUACCACGAAUUUCUCAAUUCCAUAAUGAAAAUCAAUUUACCUAAUUCAGUGGAAACUUAUUUUGUCGAAAUCGGUUUUGAAAUAAUUUGAAGAUAACUAACAAGGAUUGUUGCUUAAAAAUCAUCUCUUCAAACAUGUUCCAAUAUAUCAUCGUUUGUAAAACAAUAUCUUGUUAUGAAUCAAAUGUAGAUGUCUUUAAAGAAUGGUAAAUCAAUUAUCUAUCUUGUUUAAAUAUCGGAUUUUUUCCAAUCAAAUAAAAACAAAUCAACUUUUUCUUCAAAGUAUAAAAAUUAUUUUUUUAAUUGCUU